ACGGUAGAGGAAAAACAGAUUUAGAGGAGGAACUCUGAGUGCAGUCUCUACCAGGAAUGACCAGCCUCUCAUGCUUUGUGCAUCCUACACUCUGACAAAGUGGGCCGUCUCUUAUCCUGGGGACAUUUUCUAAUUCAUCUCCAUUAGACUUUGUCGGAGCUGCUCGACUUGUUCCUUCUCGUUCAUUUCUCCCACAAUCACCUCUUUAAGUUAAACAGUUUUCUAAGAUGACCUGGACGGCGAACAGUUGUUUAGUCACUCUGGCCAUCCUGUUUCUGUGGCGAGUGGAAGAAAUAGCAGAAGCCUGCAGCUGCUCUCCAGCGCAUCCUCAGGAGAAGUUUUGCCACUCAGAUGUCGUUAUCAGGGCAAGGGUAGUCGGGAAGCAGGAGGUUGACGUUGGCAAUGACAUCUAUGGAAACACCAUCAAGCGUGUCAAGUAUGACAUCAAACAAUUCAAGAUGUUCAAAGGUCCCACCCAGGAUUUUGACGCCAUCUACACACCUCCCUCCUCUGCAAUGUGUGGCGUAAAUCUGGAAAAUAAUGGCAAUGAGUAUCUCAUCACAGGCAAACUGGAGACUGAUGGGACGAUGCAUAUCACACUGUGUGACUUCAUUGAGCCCUGGGAGACCCUGAGUGCCACCCAGAAGAAGAGCCUGACUCAGCGCUAUGAAAUGGGCUGUGAUUGCAAGAUCACCCACUGCAUCUCCAUCCCCUGCAUGAUCAGCAGCCCGGCGGAGUGCCUGUGGACUGACUGGGUGAUCGAGAAGACAUUCAAUGGAGGGCAGGCCAAACACUUUGCUUGUAUCAAGAGGAGUGAUGACUCGUGUGCCUGGUACAGAGGGGCAGCACCACCCAAAAAGGAUUUCAUGGACAUCGAAGAACCUUAACUCCACCACUGUCCAAUUGUCUAAAGAUGUCUAAGAUUUAAUAAGAUACAAAUACCAAAAACACAAAUAAAUACACGUCAAGUUCUUACUUUGAUUUUAUUUUCUUGUAAAGAAAGCCAUAGGGCAAGUCCUCUGUGGUGAGGUUGUUUUAUUUACAGGACUCAUUAUGUUUUUAAUCAACAGUCUUAUGAAUGCAGCACUUUCAGACACUUCUUCCCCUAAAUCCAAAGCACUUCGUCAUAAACCACUUCUCUGUCAGCUGAAAUAAGGGGAUAGUCAUCACAUUUCAGUAUUGCUGUUCAUAGCGUUUUUGUUCUUGAGCUAUUUUACCUUUUUUUACCAAAGGUAUUUUUUUCAAGUGAACUAUAAUUCUAUAAUGCAACACAUACAAACCUUCAACUCAAAGUCCAACAAUUCUGUAAAUUGGUUUGAUCACAAAUAACAAGUGGCAAUUGGCGCCCAGAUUUGUGACAGUAGAGCUAUCACAAGGAACGACCACCUCUUGCCUGUCCUGCUUCGAGUAUGCUAAUUCCUUCCUCUUUAUUUUAUUUUUAUUUUUUAAAGAUGUGACAAACCUGUUUCAAGUAAGCACAAUCAUUGCUUAUGCUAAUGUUUUCUUUAUUAAUCCUGAGUAGACAAGAAUGCACUUUGAACACAAUCUGUUACAGCAGUCAUAUUGUCUAAUGAAAAUUUUCUGAAAAGGGGGAUUGAAUCUUCCAUUUUUUUUAUAUUACAGCUCUUAUAUUUGUAAUGCUUUACGAAAGAGCCUAUUUUAUUUAAGGAGGUCAUGUGAUUCAUUAUAUUCUAUUGAGAAAAAAAAGCCCACAUUGUGAUACUUUUUGGUACAUCAUUGGUGUUGUAUACAGCGAAGACCAAGCAUUUUAACAGCAUAAGCAAAAUACACAUUUUAUGUGCAUUCAAGGUCAAAUUGUUGGCUUAAAGUUACCUGCCUGACUGGCUCGUCCUUUCGGACAGUUGUUUAAAGAUAUUGUAACCAAUCACCCAUUUACUUGCAGAGCCUUUGAUAUGAACAUAAUAGGGUUGAGCAAAUGCUAUGUGACUUUGAUAAAUAAUAUGAGAGUGUAAAAAGGUUCUUCAUUUGAAACUGUAGUCAAGUAUGAUGUCUUGUGCUGGUUUCACAUGAGACAUUCGAGAUGAUAUUUGCAUGCAUGUCCAGCUGAAUCAAUACUGUACAUUUUGACUAUCACAUUAAAUGUCAAACCCUG